AUGGACAUAAUGGACACAAUACCUUCAUCCACAGAUGCGCCAAUGGGAGAUGCACCCCAAGACACGCCAGUUUCCGAGGAAACCUCCCACCCCUCCUCGAUGCCUCAAAAGCGCGUGUUGGAGGAUGACCAUGUGCCGUCCGUAUCCUCACCACUAAACCCGGAUUUCAACAAAGUGCCAAAAGACGAGGCGCCAGCGGCUAAGGAGCGCGCAGCUCGCGCCAAGAAGGAAUCAUUCAAAAAGCGCGAAGCAAAAGGCCCUGUUGCUACAGAAGCAAGAGACAGCCCAGACCCGGCCAGCCCAGCCAAGCAGAGGAAGACGUCCGACGUCCUCGCACCUUUGCGCUACAAGCUAGCUCCACCAAGGCUCGCGGAUUUUGAACCUCCACAAGGGCCAGUAUUUACCCCGAGCCAUACGAUUAAAGGCCCCGAUGGCGCACCGAUACAAUUCUAUGAAGCUUCGGACUACGCCUCCAAUAAAAAGAACUAUCGUUAUACUCACUGUAUCGCCGACCCCGAAUUCCCCUCGUCCCUAUUCUACCGCCAGUCCGAAACUGCGCCGUUCACUCCACGCCUUAAUUUCGAAGAUCAGGCGGGCCAUAUGUUCGUGGACCCGGCAGGUCGCCAUGUUUCGACUGAUAAAGGUUUCCGCAUGGCCAAAGCAAAUGUAUGCGUGAGAGAAGGACGCUAUUACUGGGAAUGCAAAAUCACAAGCGGAAUACCAAAACAAGGGGAAACAAGCGAGGGGCAUGUACGAGUGGGCUGGGCGAGGAGAGAGGCUACACUGGAAUCGAUGUGCGGCUUCGAUGCCUACAGUUACGGAAUUAGGGAUGUCACUGGCCAAAAGGUCCACCUGUCGCGACCAACGGCGUUCUUUCCACCAGGUGAAAAUAUAGAGGUCGGGGAUGUGGUAGGACUGGAGAUUAACCUUCCAUCGCUAUCUCUACACAGCAAGGUUGUUGAAGGACGAUAUAACCCAGCCGUGGAUCUGGAAGACGAUGAGCUGGGGCACACAGUUUCCGAUAUCAUACGGGACCGGGUUCCCAUACGAUUCAAGUCCCACCUCUACUUCGAGCAGAUUGAUUACCUUCCGGUGAAAGAGCUCGAAGACUUGAUGAAUCCUGCUCCGACAGGAACUGGUAGCGGUGGCUCAAACCAGAAACCAAGCGCAACGCAUCCGGUGCCUGCUAUGCGCACUCUGCCAAAUUCCAGCAUCAAGAUUUAUAAAAACGGAGUUUACAUGGGCGAGGCCUUCAAGGAUCUCUUCGCAUUUCUACCGCCAGCGUCGUUGCCGCAGGCCCAAGUGGGUGCCCGAGAGGGUCUGGAUGAUGGAAUGCUGGGAUACUAUCCGGCAGUCAGUGUUUUCCGUGGCGGCGCUGCGGAAAUCAACCUUGGCCCCGACUUCUGGUUCCCUCCGCCUGGAUCCGAUGCGGAUGAUGACGAGGUCGACAUGGUCGGAAGCGACCCGCAAGCAGCAUCGAAGGGCAAGAAAGCGAAGCCCGUCUCGGAUAGAUUUGAUGACCAGAUCGCCGAGGAUAUCGUUUAUGACAUUAUCGAUGAGGUUGAUUUUUGGAUGCAGGAUGGAUUCGUCGUGCUGAACCAGGCCCGCAACACAGCAAUGGCUCAUCCUACGGCCACGAAUGGUAAUGGAGAGCUAGGGGAAAACAUCAUUCCGCAUGGCGAGAUCAAGGAGUUGGUUCAGGAUGAGGAGUAA